AUGUUGAGUGAUGAAAUCAGAAGAAGAAAAAGAGCAAAGUGUCCGACACAUGAUUCUCGUAUAUUCAUUAUUAUUAAUAAUAUUAUAAGAUGUGCAAUGAUUCAGUCAGAUCAACAUCAUCGAUUCGUAUUGAUUCAUUGUUUCAUAAUAUUUCUUUUAAUUAAUUUCACUUCCUCACAAGUCUGUCAAAAUGACAUCCCAGAUUUCUUCUACAACACCAGUUUCGCUGGUCCACUCUUCGAUCAAUCUGUUUAUGUGAUAACAGUAUCAAACUUCUCUGUUGCAUCGCCCAAUGGCACGACAGUCUUUACCUUCAAUGUUCAACCACAAACAGAUUUUACUCGGCCAAGUUUUGUUUCGACAUCUGUUACUGGUCGGGCACUUAAUCUCACACAGGGUGUUAUAACAGUGACGUCGAGCAACCCGAAUUUUACUGUUACUACUUUAUCAAAUGGUUCCUAUGCCCUUGUCACUAAUACUUAUCCACUAAGUUACUUUGUACCUUAUUAUCGUUAUUUAUUUAAUUUAAUUGCAACUCAAACAUAUUCCACUCGACCAUCGGUUAGUUCCACUGCACUCGUUGUGAUUAAUCUUCAAAAUUAUAAUGUCAAUCCACCAGUGUUUAUACCAGCCAAUCAGACAUUUUUCAUUAGUGAAACGGCAACUGUUGGAGCGCUCUUCGGUACGGUCUAUGCCACCGAUCCUGAUGGCGACGGCAUUGUCUAUUCGAUGACUAGUGCUCUGUUUUCUAUCGAUGCAACAUCGGGUUCUUUGCAGUUACAACAAUCGUUGCCAUCAUACGCGGCAUCACAAUAUUUCGUUACUGUCACUGCAAGUGAUGAUGGUUCAUCAUGUUUACCAGCACUUGCAGCCUGUCCAAGAUUUUCGACCACAACAACUAUCACCAUCAAUGUAACAGCUGUCAACAAACAAUCACCAAUCUUUCUGAACAAUAUUUGUGGCUCAACGAUUUCAUUUUACGAAAAUAAUGCUAUCGGAGCGAACAUAACUACGAUAUCGGUGUAUGAUAGUGAUCGAGGAGAAAAUGGUCAGGUAACGAUCGCAUUUCCAUCGGAACAAGCUCGAACAACAGUGAGUGGCUUGAGAAAUACGGCUUACACACAAUUUUAUAUUCAACAACUAACCCAAACGAAUUCGACUCGUUCAGCGUUGUUACGAACGAAUAUUUCAUUCGACUAUGAUGCACCAGGCUUGCCACGAGUUUGGUAUUUAUUUAUAUUAGCUACUGAUAAUGGCACACCUCAACGGCAAUCUUUCUGCAGUUUACGUAUUAACCUAUUGGAUGUGAACGAUAAUCCACCAGUAUUUGUUAUGACAAAUUGGAAUUAUACAAUCUAUCGUUCUACCGUUGGCAAUUCCAAUAGCGCUCGUUUCUUACGUAUUAUCGCGUCAGAUGCUGAUUCAGGCGUCAACGGACAGAUUAAUUACUAUAUAGGAACGGUUGGCGUUCCAUAUUUUACAAUUAAUCAGACGACAGGAACAAUUAUCCUUCGUAGCAGUGUUCCUGGAAUUUACAAUUUAAGUGUUAGUCUCUUUCCAAUUACAUUUCAAGUGUAUGCACAAGAUAGUGGCACACCUCCACGUACUAGUGAGACGAAUGCCACAGUUACAAUCUAUUAUAACAAUGGUAAUGAUCCACCACCUGCACGAUGGGUCGAUCCAGCUUAUGAAGAAUUGAAUUUUCCCAUUAUUGAAAAAUAUUAUGAAACGUAUGGAAAUAGGCCGAUAUUUAACACAACUUACGGAUUUAAUGGAACUAUCAGUUAUAUAUUGACAUCGACAACAUCAUCCAUUAUGACAGUUAGUAGUCCGUUUCCAAAUACAUACAUACCAUUUAGCGACGUACCUGUAACAAGAAAUGGAUACGUUUUUAGUAGUGGUAUUGUUGUUACCAGUGGUCUUCAUGCAGAAAUUCAGAUUACUUAUCUAAUGUAUAUUCGUGUUCUUGUCACUCCGCCAUUGAUUGGCUCAACAACCGUGACAUUGAUUGAUCAAAAUGACCAAAUUCCCACGUUUGAUAUUCGUUCCAUUGUUUUGAGUGUCGUCGAAAACGAAAGUGGAAGUCGGGUUAUUGCUCAAAUUCAAGCGUUCGAUCGUGAUGUUAAUCCUUUAUACAGCUUCGUUCAAUAUCGUUUGAAUGAAGUAUUGAGUGAUUCGGGAGCGAUCGGAAACUUCUUUGUCGCUGCCAAUGGAACAAUCUGGACAAAUGCAACAUUCGAUCGUGAAAGUAAUAAAACACUCUAUCGUAUCUUUAUCACAGCUUACGACGGCGCACCAGCUUGGAAUUCACUGGAACCAAAUACUCAAGAUUUUCAAUUUGAUGUUCAAGUUAUCGAUGUCAACGAUGUUCCACCAGUUUUUGCCAAUUCAACCUCGCUCACUAUAUAUAUCAAUGAAACAACAGCAAUUGGUACUGGUAUCCUCAACUUAACCAUCACCGAUACAGAUUUCGAUACUAUCCUUGACUUUGGCAUAUUGAGUGGAAACACCAAAAAUGCAUUUGUUUUUCGACUGUUAUCAGAUAACACUGCUGAUUCAACACGUACACAAUAUCAAGCUAUAGGACAACUUUAUGUCGUUGGACCUUUGAGUUAUGAAGUUACGAAUAACUAUACGCUAGUUUUAUUCGCAUUCGAUACUCAAAACUUAGCAACGAUUACAGUCAAUGUUAUUUUGCUCCCACAGAACACACGAGCACCUAUUUUUAAUUUGAUGCCCGGUUUCAGUUCUUAUCAAUAUUCCGUAUUAGAAGGAACUGCCGUUUCAGUUCUCAACGGACCAGUCAUCAGCGCAACUGAUCCUGAUAUUCCACCAACAUCACUUGUUUAUGGUAUUGUUACCAAUAACGUACAAUGGAACAUCAAUAGUAUAUAUCUCAAUCAAGCAAAUAACCAAACUACCCUGGGAAUUGCCGCACCGGGUCUUUCGCGUGAUUUGCCAUUUGGUACUCCUAUUUACAACUUUACUAUCCAAGUCACCGAUCAAGGUGGACUAGGUGUAUCCAGUUAUGCGCCAGUCAGUAUUACAGUCAUUGAUACGAAUAAUAAUGCACCGAUACCAACGAAUCCACCAUGGAUAUUAACAGAAGGCGUGGUGAAUCCAAGUACGACCGUGAUAUUUACUGAUUACGAUGAUCCAGCACAGAACAAUACAGUACCUUUUCAAGUACAGAUCAUCUCUCCAUCAACAUUUUCCUUAUCUGGUCCAACGUUGAAUUACAACGGUACAUAUCGAUUGACAUACAAUGGUGUUUUGAAUCGCACUGUCACGAAGAAUCUCACUGUAACAUUCAAUGCUAGUGAUAACAAAGGCUUCUCAGCGAUAUCAAGCAUUCCAAUUAUUGUUGGUGAUGUUUUAAAUAGUUAUCCCAUUUCAAAUGGUUAUAAAACUGUGACUGUCAUCUAUGCUAAUGGUUAUAUAAAUUCAUUAAUCAAUGUUCCACUUGGUUCUGUUUAUGUCAAUGAUCCGGACGAUUGGUAUAUAGCUAGUCGAUCAUAUUCGGUCAGAUCUGCUAGUAAUGGACAAACGUUCACAAUUAAUCAAGGUUAUCUAAGAACGCCGAGUCCACUCUAUCCAGGAUCAGCGACAGUUCUUGUUGAUGUCACCAAACCAAAUGUGCCAUCAUCAGCUGUUGGUACAAUGGAAGUUGGAGUCCAAAGUGUCGAUCCGGAAUGGGUUCGACAAGCAGCUACGAUUCGCAUUCAAGGUGAAUAUCCUGAAACGUUAAUCGAUCCAACACUCGGUAAUCGUCUCAACGUUCUUCGCAAUGCUUUGGCAUCCAUCUUGCUUGUCACUGCUGAUUCUAUCACUAUUCUUGCUAUUCGACCCGUUUUUCAGUAUCGUAGUCCAUACUAUCCACCUUUACCAUUCGAUCAAGCCAAACAACAAGCGUUAACCGAUGUUGUUUUCUACAUACCAUCGUUAGCCAAGAGCGAUAUUGAAAACUCAGUCAAUACCAACAUUGCUCGAUUUGCCUCACUCUAUGGCAUCAUAGUGAAUGCUAGUGGACCAAAUCCAUGUUCGAAUUAUGCUUGUAUAUCCGGUACAAUCUGUCGUCCAACACGAACCAUUCAACCAUUACCUUACGCUAUUGAUUCAAAUCAAACAUCUUUUGUUGGCAUCAAUGUUGUAGAUUCAGCUGAUUGUGUCAAUAGUACUUAUUCACCUAAUUUUACCAAUACUCAAUCUGGCUGUACGACAUAUUCGUUCAAUAAUUUCACUUAUUGCCCUUGCACGUCGUUACAAGCUUACGCUCCACUUGGUCCUUAUUGUCAAGUACUGGGAAGAACAUUCCGUGAAAACGGUGGUGGAUACGCUGUUUUCGAUGGAAUGUAUUUCUCAAAUCAAGCUCCAACACGUUUUUCAUUUGAUUUUGCUUUGCGAUCACCUGUGGUCGACGGAUUGAUUUUGUUAUAUGGAAAGAACACAACAGAUGUCAACGGCUUUUUCUGGACUUCGGCUGAAAUCUUUAAUUCAAAAUUGAGACUUCGUUUCCGAGAUCAAAUACUCGAUGCAACAAAUACAGUCAUCAACGCAUCAACAUGGUACCAUGUAGAAUUUCAAUACGUUGAUUCAUUGAUUCUCGUCACAGUUAACGAUUGUCAAUAUGUAUUAUCGGGCUUUAACAAGACAUUGAAUAGCUACGAUCUGUCGAAUGUUCAACUAUUUCUUGGUGGCCUACCAGUUACAGGCUCGUUAGUAUCUGGUCUCUAUCCAAGUCUCACACAAGUCAAUACAUUCAGUGGAUGUAUACGAAAUGUCAUGUCCAACGGUUAUUAUUUGGACAUGAAUGCUGCAUUAGCCUCAGCUAAUUCAGAUAUUGGACAAUGUCCAUGUGCAUUAACAAAUUCUUGUACAUCAACCCUAUUACCAAGAACAACGGAUAUCAUCAUACCUUGGUAUACAUGGUUGAUUAUUGCAUUAGUUUUAUUAUUAUUAGCAACAAUAAUUGCAUUAGGAUUAUUAACAUGUAUACGACGACGACAACAACAGAAGACUCUAGCUGGAUUAUAUCCAGAUGAUACUCGAGAUAAUAUUAUUGAUUAUAAAGAGACUGCAGGAGAAGAAGAUCAUUCAACAUAUAAUCUUGGUGUCUUAAAGAAACCUGUUUAUGCUUUGAGUGACGAAGAAAUCCUGGCUAACAAUGCUCGCAGUGGUUUGCAUAAUAUGGCCUAUGCUGAAACGAUCAACAAUCGCCGUCCGGCACUUGGCGAAUAUAUCGAUGAGAAAUUAACGGAACAGCAAAUCGUUUCAUAUGCUAAUGAUACUCAAUUACAUUAUCGAUAUGAAGGUGAAGGUUCGAUUGCAUCAGAUUUGAGUUCUCUCGAAUCAACACAAUACCAAGAAGAACACGAUUUUCGCUUUCUCUACUCCUGGGGACCGAAAUUCUCUCGAUUAGCCGAUCUCUAUGCUGGCGGCUUAGAAGAUGAUAUCAAUAAUCUUGACAAUGCUUAA